AUGUUCAUUUUGGGUCCAAACAAUAACCACCCCAAUAAAGAGAGAAACCGCAACUUUAGAGCGGACACUCGUGGUGGCAACUUCACACGUGGAGGUAACUCCACACGUGGUAACUCCACACGUGGUGGCAACUCCACACGUGGGAGAGGUGGAUACGAUAGCAACAUGGGCCGUGGAGGUCGCAUCAUAAGACGUGGUAGUAGCAGUAACCCUCCUAGGGAAUAUCCACAACGUGGACAAACUGCACCUCCAAUGAAAGUAGGCAACCAUAAUGACGUGUGUCAUCGGUGCGGAUCAAUCGAGUAUUGGUUCAAGCAAUGCCAUGCAAGUACUCAACUAGCUACAAGCUACAAAGAGUAUAGGCAAUUCAGGGAGCAAGAAUCCAACCUUGCCGAAAAUGAAGAUAGUGAAGAUGUCAAUCUCACCAUAGAGGACUUCAAAGCUAAACAAGUGCGCGAGGAUGCAGCAGACUUUGAUUAG